AUGGUGGGAUCAGCUUCCAUCAGUCCCAGCGUAACCAGUCUACUUCUCCGGCAGCAGAACCGCCGGAGAUGGAAGCUGGAUUCGCUGGCACAUAUGUUUGCCCGGUUUCCCAGACUCCGGGAACUUCACUACGAACCCUGGAGGGAAUGGGGCUGGUAUCAGCGCCAUACAGAUGAAGUCUUUGAGAACUUCAAUCAGCAGUACCCGGUUACCAUGCAGCAAUUCCUAGAUGGAGUCGAAAAAGCCGGAUGCGACAGGAUUCGCAACCCUGCGCCAGCUGUUGGCAAGAUGAUCGCGCUCACCAGCCUCAAGCUCGAACAUCUCGCAGCAUCCUUCAUCGCAGAUGCUAGCCACUUCUUCGAGAUCAGCCCCGCUUGGGAGUGGCCGAACCUGGCCUCGCUUGUUCUCACUUCCAAAUUACUCACGCCCGACGAGAACUCGAUCGAGAUUGGAGCUAUGCUUCGGGCGGCGGCGGCAGCGGCUAUGAAGAUGCCCCGACUAGAAACAAUGGAGAUUUGGAACGGACGAAAGGGGCUAGCAGCGCUCUUUAGGUAUCAGGCGUUCCGCAACAUACACGAAGCUGCAAUUGUGUGGCGAGGCACGUGGAAGUUGGCUAUGGAACCAUCCACCAUCCAGGCUUGGGAAGCUGUGAUGUACCAGUAUGAUGGUUGGAGACUCGAUUUGGUCCAGGAACAGCUGGAUGAGGCUGCUAUCAAGUCUCACGGGGAUGCAGUUCACUACUUGAUGCUUUCAGGCCAGGUCAUUCGGCCCAUAUCGUUAUGGCAGAUCCAAAGAGAACAGGAAGCCUUAGAGGGCGUAGACACUGUAUGA